CGCCUGACUUGCCUGAUCCUCUGUUUUGUGCAGUACAAGGGAAAGACAAGAUCUUGCACAAGGCACGCCGUGUCUGCCCUCAGUGGGAAAGGUGGCAUGGGGGCUCUCUGCCUGCUCACCCUGCUCUUGGUCACAGAGCUAUCCCGAGCCCACAAUGUAACAGUGUUCCUGGGUGUGGCCGGCCAGUCCCUGCGGGUCUCCUGCCCCUAUGACUCCUUGAAACACUGGGGGAGGCGCAAGGCCUGGUGCCGCCAGCUGGACGAGGCAGGCCCGUGCCAGCGUGUGGUCAGCACGCACAGCGUGUGGCUGCUGUCCUUCCUGAAAAGGCGGAAUGGGAGCACAGCCAUCACAGAUGAUGCCCUGGGCGGCACCCUCACCAUCACACUACGCGAUCUUCAAGCCCAGGACGCAGGCUUCUACCAGUGCCAGAGCCUCCGUGGCAGUGAGGCUGACACCCUGAGGAAGGUCCUCGUAGAGGUGCUGGCAGACCCUCUGGAUCAGCAGGAUGCUGGAGAUCCCUGGGUCCCUGGGGAGUCAGAGAGCUUGGAAGACACCCACGUGCAGCACAGCAUUGCCAGGAGCGUCUUGGAAGGAGAGACCCUCUUCCCACCCACUUCCAUCCUUCUCCUCCUGGCCUGCAUCUUUCUCAUCAAGUUUCUGGUAGCCAGCACCCUCUGGGCUGCAGCCUGGUAUGGGCGGAGGCUGGAGACACGUCCAGCCAUUGAACUGGACUGUGGGCAUGACCCAGGGCACCAACUCCAGAUGCUGACAGGACUCAGAGACACUUGAGAGAAGAGGAGGGGAAGGGGAUGCCAGGAGCGGUCCGGAUAGGAGCUACCCCAGCCUGCACACUCACCCCUCACCUAGCAAGACGCCUGGUUCUGCUCUAGCAAGAGGCCACUCUGCCUGCACCCUGCUUCCUGGCUCUGGAAGUAAGGACCUGUGUGUAUGCGGGUGGGAUUCCGGUUUAGGAAGGUCAUCUGUCGACUUCUGGGCAUUGGACGUUAAACGCUCUCAAAUAAAUCCAAGACUGUCA